AUGAGUGAAUCUACUCACGAGAAGGACCCAAGCCGCACUGGCGAGAAGGAAGAACAAUACUUCCAUGAUGACAUUGACAAGUCCAAGACCAACGACACCGUAGACGAUGUCCACAUCCACAAUGAACUCGCCUUCAAGGGCGAUGACUCCGAUGGCCAUAUUGAGUGGACAACAAGGACAUUGAUUGCUGCCUGCUCUUUGGGAGGUCUCUAUACUGGUUCUCAGAUCAUGCUGUACUUCGUUGGUGGCUGUCUCUCCUACAUCCAAGCCGAACUGGGUGCUGAGAAGAAUGGCUCCUGGCUCCCUGUCUCUAAUACCCUCGCUAUCACCGCUGUGGCUCCCUUCACUGGAUAUCUCCAGGAUCUUCUCGGACGACGCAACAUCACUCUUUUCGGCUCGAUCUUGAUCAUGGUCGGCAUCUCGUUGAUUGGAGGAGCAAGGAAUUUUAGCAUGGGUGUCGCCGGCAUGACCCUCUCUGGUGCAGGCGCAGGAAUCUGCGAACUCACAGCCCUUGCUGGAAUUUCCGAUAUCGUGCCCGUUCGACAGCGAGGUAUUGCUCUCGCCAUGAUGACAGCUUGCAUUGUUCCCUUCACUCCAUAUGUCAUGUACUCUCAGUUACUCUCAAGGCAUGCCACGUGGAGAUGGGGUCAAUGGAUAGCUCUGAUCUGGAACGGCGUCGUUUUCGUCGGACUAGCCACAACAUACUUUCCCAAGUCGCAUCCUCGAAUGGAAGGAUUCACCAAACGCAAGAUCCUUGCACGUAUCGACUAUAUCGGUGCUGUGCUUUCCAUUACUGGAAUCACGCUCUUCUUGGUUGCUCUCCAAGCCGGUGGCUAUACGCAUCCCUGGUCAAGUGCAUACGUACUGGCGCAGCUAAUCAUUGGCAUUCUGCUCAUCGUCUCCUGGGUCGUGUGGGAAGCCAAGUUUGCCAAAUAUCCCAUGGUCCCUAAAGAAAUGUUCCAGGGUCAGCGUAUCGUCGCCAUCGCAUUCUUCAUCGCCUUUGUCGCUGGUAUGGAUUUUUAUUCAGUCAUCAAUUUCUUCCCACUAUCGUUCAGCGCAGUGUAUGAGCCAGACCCGGUUCAAGUAGGCUUGAAGGGACUUGGUUAUGGCAUUUCUACCACCGUUGGUGCCGUCUUCUUCAAUGCCCUCCUAUCCACAAAGAUCCCGGCCAAGGUAAUCCUCAUUGUGGCCGCUAUCCUGAUGACUGCCUUUGGCGGAGCCCUCGCCGCCACCACUCCAGACACCGCCAAAAUGGCUGUCGGUCUAGGAACGAUCGCAUCAUUCGGCAUUGGCGGCGUGCUGGUCCCCUCCGCGACCGUCGCACUGAUCGUUGUGCCAGACGCCCUGCUCGCCACAACAGCAGCACUGUCCCUGUCAAUCCGCACGAUCGGUGGCUCGAUCGGCUUCACCAUCUACUACAACGUCUUCGUGAACAAGCUGACCAAAGCCCUUCCGGAGCGCGUGGCCGAAUACGCAAUGCAAGCCGGUCUGUCCGCCGAGGAUGUGACCGGGUUCGUCACUGCCUUCCUCACAGCCCCUGCCACCCUCGCCGACGCCCCAGGAUACACUCCGGAGAUCGCGGCCGCUGCAACCAUCGGCACGAAGUGGGCUUACGCGUACGCUCUGAGAUAUGUCUGGAUUUGCAGUAUUCCCUUUGGUUGUCUGGCGGUCAUUGGCUGCUGUCUAUUGCCCAGCAUCAAGAAAUACCAGACCAACCGUGUCGCUGUGGCUUUGUAG